AAGCUUCGGUGUUGGUGAUUACAUAAGCAAGGAGGUGGGAUUCCGAUUGGAGAGAGGAAGAGAUGAAGCUUCGAUCAACAACAGAGAACUUCCGUAUAUUAUUAUAUAUAUCAUUGAAAACUGAAAAAGAGAUCCUAUUAUGGAUCAUCAGGACUGGGUGAAUCAGCGUCGCUCGUAUAAUGGGGAUUUGUGCACCAUUCGCUACGUGGGCAAGGUUGACGGUACCGCUGGAGAAUGGCUGGGUGUUGAAUGGGAUGACCCAACUCGGGGGAAGCACUCAGGAAAGCAUCAGGGAGUGAACUAUUUUACAUGUACAAGAAAACACCCCACGGCUGGCUCUUUUGUGCGGCCCUCGCGGCCUGCAGAUAGUCCUCGCAGUUUUCUGGAAGCACUGCGCGAGAAGUACGCGUCUGAAUUCGAGCAAACUCUAGCAAGACAGGCCGGGGCUGCGGGGUCUGCGGAAGAUUUCCCGAGACCUAUUGAGUUCAAUGGCAAGGUCGCUGAGGAAGUGGGGUUUGACAAGAUUCGGAAGCAACUUGCAGAGCUUGAAGAGUUGAAGAUUGUGCUUCUGGAUGGAUUGCGGGUUGCCGGUGUUCUUGCGCAGGCGGCGGAGACAGAACGGAGAGAGAAAGCCGGCAAGGAGGUCGAGCAGACUUGCCCCAAGAUUGUAGAGCUUGAUCUUAGUCGGAACCUUUUGGCAUCUUGGACCGAUUUAGCUGAUAUCUGCCGCCGGUUAGGGCGGCUGAAGCUCUUACGACUCAAUUCAAAUCGAUUUGGACCAGUUGUCGAAGGAUUGACUUUCGACGGGAUUGAAGAGUUACAUCUAGCUGACACAUUGCUUCCUUGGGAACAGAUCUCAGCGGUGGCUGCUCAAUGCCCUUCCCUGGCCUCUCUGUCAGCUUCUGCGAACCAGAUUUCAAUGAUCACAACACCCAUCUCUAACACUAUCACUGCACUCAUCCUGGAGAAUAAUGAGAUCUCUGCAAUGUCAUCACUCCGAAAACUAUCGCUUUUAGACAAACUGCAGCAUCUGUCUUUGCGCGGGAACUGCGUUGAAACCAUCUUCGAGCCUGGUUCGGAAGGCGAGUCGUUCCAAUUUUCAACUAGCCUUCGCUCUUUAGAUCUAUCUCGAAACAAAAUAAACUCGUGGCUAUUCAUAAAUGAGCUCGCCGAUCUGUUUCCCGGGCUACAGAGUCUCCGCGUCUCCGGAAACCCCCUGUUCAAUCAACCUGUCGGCCCGUCAUCUGUCACCGGCAUGCCAGAGAAGCCAAUGACAGUGGACGAGGCAUACAUGCUAACUCUGUCACGGCUAUCUACCUUACAAACCCUCAACUACAGUAAGAUUUCAGCCAAGGACCGCAGCAAUGCAGAGCUCUACUACCUAUCCCUCAUUGGUAAAGAGCUGUCCGCUUCCCCGGAGACUGCAGAGCCGGAUAUCCUGGCGGCACACCCUCGCUAUAAGGCUCUUUGCCAGACCCACGGGGAACCCCUCAUCAAACGCGCCUCAACCUCAACUGGACCAGACGCUAUCGUGAACCCGCGCUCCGUGGCUGCGCGCCUAGUCAAAAUGGUGUUUCGUCUGAGCUCUCCCGGGUCAAACUCGGACAAAACGCCUGCAAUGCCCUGGGACAGGGACACGACUAAAGUGAAACAGAUUCCUCGAUCCUUCGACACAUACCAAGUCAAAGCGAUUGUUUCUCGGCUUUUCAACCUCCCUCCGUUCGAAUUCCGAUUGAUCUGGGAAACGGAUGAGUUGGACCCGGUUAGCAAAGAAAAUAUGGAUAUUGAGGAUGAAUGGGAUAGUGACGAUGAGGAUCCCCAGGCUGCAAGUCUGCAACCGAGCGAUGGAACGAAGUUCGUGAAGAGAGAGUUUGAGCUCGUGGAUUCGACCAAGGAUAUUGGGUUUUGGUUCCAGUCUGAUCUGCAGGAGGCGAGGGUCAGAGUGGAACUUACUUCUCGUUCGUGAUAUGAGGGUAUGUUGAUACGAAUUACGAUAUUUUGAAUAUACUUUAG